AAGGCUGAUCUGGAUAAGUCUGACAAACCUGAGUUUGAUAAUCGGGGCUGUACAGACAAAAAUGGAAAUUGUAAAGCCUGGUUCCCCAGAGAGACACACCCAGAGACUGUGGUAGACCCAGGCACUGGUGCACUGAUCAUGAAGAAAAGAGAGGCCUGGAUCAACAACAUCACCCAUGCGGUCACCUAUCUCAUGCAUGGGAACACUGAUGUCACUUCUCUGCUGUCGGGCACUGCCAUUAAAUCUGUCAUAGCCUAUGUUGCUGAUUACAUAACUAAAACCCCACUGAAAACCCAUGUGAUGUUCCAGUCUAUUCAGCAGGUGUUUGAGCGCAAUGUGGAGCUGUUGGGCAGUCAGAAGUCUACCAAAGAGAAGGCUCGG